GCUCUGCACACAGCCGGACACAGCUUGCAUUAUUCUUAUCGGGAACUUAAGUUACAUUGGAAAUAUUACACCGUGUAAACUUGUGCGUAUGCAUCUGUUGCAUUUGGAAGUCUCAGACCCACCGACGUAAAUUCCAUUCCCUUUAAAAAUUAAUCAGCUGGUGUCGAAAACUUGGACAAGAACAGAGCUGACCUGGUGCUGAAUGACGUGGAACACAACAAGCUAAAUUUUGUUUUGGUUUUGAUUCGGCGCGAGCAGGUGUAGGAACCGACUGAAGAUGUUUGAAAUCACCGAUCUACAAAAAAUUGGCGUUGGCCUGGUUGGUUUUGGUACAGCAUUCCUUUUCUUAGGCAUCCUUCUUCUAUUCGACAAAGGAUUAUUAGCUAUAGGAAAUAUCUUGUUUAUUUGUGGAUUAGCUUGCGUCAUUGGUUUGGAGCGAACAUUCAGGUUCUUUUUCCAAAAACACAAAGCGAGAGGCACUGUAGCCUUCUUUGGCGGAAUCACCGUCGUUCUCCUGGGAUGGCCCCUGAUUGGUAUGCUUGUUGAGACUUACGGAUUUUUCCUUCUCUUCAGAGGAUUUUUCCCAGCUGCUAUCAACUUCAUGAGGAGAGUGCCCGUUUUGGGCACGGUUCUAAACAUGCCAGGAAUCCGUUCGUUGGUCCCAAUGGCAGAGGAUGAAGCAAUUUAAUUAUUUUGAAUAUUAUAAUCAAGGGUGAUGGAUAAACUUGCCGGCGACCAGAGCAGGUUAAACGUUUGAAGGAAUUGUCGUCAAUCACAGAAAAAAACAGACUGCCUCUCUGCUGCACACCCACAGGAAAGAAAACAAUUUUUGUCCGUGUAUAUAUAUUAAGUUUUCAUCUCCUCUGAUCUUGUGGCCACUGUGUGGCCGAGAUAUAAGAUAUUAUUGCAACUACUUUAUUAAAUUCAAAUUGUCACACAUAA